AGCCAAUCAAAUGAUGAGAACAUUUUGUGAACUCUUGUGCGGACAUACGCCACUUUCUCUUUUACGUCAACCUCGUCAAGAUGGCACCGAAAAGGCAUACUGUUGUGAAAAGGAACAAAAAGGGUGCUUCCUGGAAAUUCACCCUUGAUUGUACUCACCCUGUGGAGGAUGGGAUCCUUGACUCUGCCAACUUUGAAACCUUUCUGAAAGAGAAGGUGAAGGUUAAUGGCAAAACAGGCAACUUGGGAAAUGUAGUGCAAAUUGUGCGUCAGAAGAACAAAAUCAGCAUCACAUCAGAGAAGCAGUUCUCUAAAAGGUAUCUUAAGUACCUCACGAAGAAGUACCUGAAGAAGAACAACCUGCGAGACUGGCUGAGGGUGGUGGCGUCGGAUAAGGAAAGCUAUGAGCUGCGCUACUUCCAGAUCAGCCAAGAUGAUGAAGAAUCUGAUGCUGAUGAAUGAAUGGGUGUAUCAGGGUCCUGCAGAAGUUGUCACCUCUUCAAAUGCAGGGCUACACUUUUUAAUUUGUGCUUGUAUAUAAAAAGAUACAAACGGAAAUUAAGUGUCAUGUGUUCAGUGGUUGUAAAUGCUCUGUGGGGUUGAUUUAUAAUUAAGAUGGUACAAGGGUAAAAGAGUUAAAUAAGAUUCAUUAACAAACUUGUUGCCAGUGCUGUCUAAGAGAUUGGAUUGGAUUGCAGUGAUAAAUCUACCUGUAACAUUGCAAGUCUACCUCUGUGAUUAAAUAAUUGUUAUGUGAAAUGCA